CGGGUCGUGGCUGCUUCCGUGACCCCCAGUGGUGUCGGAUUGCUGGAGCUGUCAGUGACGUGUCGGGAGCGCUGCAGACACUCGGUGACGUCACGCGCAGGACCCUUCGCUCAUCUACCGCACACAGAUGUGUUAAGCAUGUCUGAAAAAGACAGUAUUGAGAAGAGAGGGGAAACCGCUGAACCCCAGGAGCAGGUGGAAAACACAGCCCCCACGAGAAGUAUCAGCCCAGAGGAGGGAAAAGCCGUCUCCGAACCGGUGGCCAUAACGCGAAAACGUCCAGAGGCCAGAUCCAACAGUACGUCAACUGAGGAGGAAGAGAGCAAGACGUCAGCCCAACCGGAGCAGGAGUCAGCGGCCAAAUCUCCAUCGUCAUGGGGGUAUUGGGGUAACUGGGGCAAGUCGUUAAUUUCCUCUGCUACGGCCACAGUGGCUACUGUUGGUCAUGGAAUCUCUUCAGCUAUUGAGAAGGCAGAGAGCUCAUUGGGAGUCCCAAGUCCUGUAGAGUUGUCAUUUAGGGAUCGGGUGGAGGCCACAGAAGAUGCCAGAGCUGAAGAAAGCAGUGAAUCCAAAGAGGCGGAGGGCUCCUCCCCCAUUACAGGUGCCCUGGGGUUCUUCUCCAGUAUCUCCACAGCAGUGCAGAGUACAGGGAAGACUGUUCUCACCGGAGGGCUGGAUGCCUUGGAGUUUAUUGGCAAAAAGACCAUGGACGUUAUCGCAGAAGGAGACCCAGGCUUCAAAAAGACUAAAGGACUGAUGAGCAGGAAUUCUACUUUGUCACAGGUUUUACGAGAAGCAAAGGAAAAAGAGGAACAGCGCGUCAGCAGUGAUGUCACCACAGAGACGGAGCGAAGAGCACACUAUGGUCUGUUAUUUGAUGACUAUCAGGGUCUGGCUCACCUUGAAGCAUUGGAGUUGCUGUCCAAAGAGAGCGAAGGAAAGGUGAAGUCUAUUGUUGGGUCUCUAUCAGGAGACGAGCUGGCAGAUCUUAAGCAAGAGCUGGAGUCCUUAAAGGAAGUGUUCUCGAUGGAAGAGUUUGAUGAUGAUGAAGAGGUGGAGAAAGCUGAUGAGGAUUUUAUGGAAGAAAUAUCUGCCCUGUUUAAGGAGCUGCAGAUCUCUAUGAGGCCUGAGAAACUGACAAAUGCACGAAAAAACGCUUACAACUGGAUGAUUAAAGUGGAGGAGGAGGACAAAGUGAUGGGAGAGGAGGAUAAGACUGAUCCACAGAGGAAAUCUACCAUUGAGGAUAUCCAUGAGUUUGCCAUUCGGAGCCUUGCUGAGCUAACAGCCUCUGCCAUAGAAGUCUUCCACAAAACGUCUGCUUUAAUUUUGCAUGGUGACACACAAGUGGCAGCAGUGUCACGAGGCAAAGCACUUUCACAAAUGACUGUUGCACUGUGUAAGGAGCUAUCACAGCUUUCUAAGAGGAUGACCACUCUCCUGACUACCGCAGGGGCCUCUGAAAAAUCUGACAUCCUGAACCCUUUAAUCACGGGAGUAUUUCUGGAGGCAUCAAACAGCGCUUCCUAUAUUCAAGAUGCAUUCCAGCUUCUGCUUCCUGUACUUGAAAUCUCCCACAUCCAGAGCAGGAUUUCAUCUUAGAGCGUCUAGCAGAAGAUCUUCAUCUCCUAUUUGUUAUUAUUUCUUGACCCAGCACUGUCCAGAGGUCCUCUAAUCUGUCAGAUGUUUGACCUACUGCUAAUUGGAAAAACUAAAAAGCGAAAAACACAUUUUUUGCAGAUAUAUAUUUUUAUCUUGCAUCACUACAGUCUGUAUGUUAUAUAUAAGUGAAUAUUUCUGAAAACUACACUUUUUACUACUGCUUUUUUUUAAAUUAAAAGGGUAUUCAGACAACUGA